AUGGCAGGUGUUUGGGUUGCACGGAAGCCACCGGGUUAUGCUUUUGUUGAACUUGAUGACUGUAGAGAUGCUUUAGAUGCGAUCAAUGAUUUGGAUGCGAAGAAUGGUUGGGGGGUUGAGCUUUCUCAUAACUCUAAGGGUAGUGGUGGAGGCAGGGAUGGUGGCGGUGGAGGUGGUCGUGGACGCGGUGUAAGCAGUUGGCAGGACAAGUUGGUGUGCCAUGACAUAAGUGGAGGACAAGAAGCCAGUCUGAUUCUUGUCACCAAUUUAAUUGAUCCUCCUCUUGCACCUAAGACUUGUUGUACCAAUAUCAAUUCUAUAUAUAUGAACGUGGUCUGCUGUGUGGUUGCGGUGAUGGUUGUGAAAACAAAUCAUUACAACAUGGGGUAA